AUGGCUCUUUCAUUUGGAAGGGAAUUGGACAAAGCUGGCCUUUUUUUUGAGAAAAGCAUUAUGUGGGAUGUUGGUAAUGGUACUUCUAUAAAUGUUUGGCAUGACAGAUGGCUCCUCCACAAAUCUCUUAGAGACUGGGUAGUUGGACCAAUCCCAUUGUCUGCUUCUGAGCUAUCACUCUCCCACCUUCACCUUAACUCAAGACUCCAGCUAGAGUUUCAAAUUUCCUUUCCUAUCCCCGAGUCCUUGUUUGUGCUCAUAAGCAGCAUCUCCCUCUCCUCAAAUCCUGAUACAUCUUUUUCAGACUGGUCCUUUAAAGGUAGAUUUGACUCUUCAAAAGCUAGGUCAGUCCUUCACAGUUUGGAACUUUCUGCCCCUCCAUUUCCCUUCAAAUGGGAUCUCAUUUGGAAAGCCACCACCUACCCUAAAGUGCGUUUUUUCUUAUGGCUUUUAGCUUGGGAAAGAAUCCCAAAUAACCAAAACCUUCACCUCAGACUUAGUCAUUUUCAACCUUUCUGCCCUUUUUGCCCUCAAUGUGUAGAGUCCUGCACCCAUAUCUUCAUUACCUGCCCAAGAGCGGUUGAGUUCUGGGACUCCAUUAAACCCCAUGCUGCCUAUUCCCAAGAUCAUUCUUGGAGAUUCUGGCUAGCCUCAAAUCUGCAACUAUCUUCUCCUCACUCCUUCGCUAUCCCUUGGAAUGCUAUCUUCCCCGCUGCUCUCUGGCACAUUUGGCUAAGAAGAAACGCUUGGCUAUUUAAAAAAAAGAACAUCCCCCUUUCUCAAUCAAUUAACCAGUGCAUUUGGGCUGCUUCUGAGUGUUUUUUCACACAAAACUCCAAUUUACAAAGUCUAAAGCCCCCACUACCUGCCUGGAUCCCUCCACCCCCGACCUACCUCAAAAUCAACUGCGAUGCUUCUUUUACUAUGCCUUACUCCCCUGCUGCUUGUGCUGCUGUGUGUCGAAACUUUAAGGGGGAAUGGAUUGAAGGUUUCUCUUGGAAGAGUUUUAUUAACUCAGCCUAUGAUGCGGAGAUGCAAGCUAUUUUCCUGAGCCUAAAAUGGAUCAAACUCCACAACUGGCAAAACGUGAUUCUCAGCACUGACUCAAAACGGGCAGUUGAGGAGAUUAUGUCAGAUAUGAGUCUUGCAAAUAACCCGACAUGUCUUGUAAAUUGCAGGGACCUGCUCAGGGAGCUCCAGCCUCUGGAAUUGUGCUUUGAGGAAAGGACUACAAAUGCUGUAGCAGACUUGAUUGCAAAGGACGCGAGAAGGAAUCUGGAAGCCAUGGAUCAACUAUGUAUUUUGCAUUCCCCUACUGAGGGUUGUAUGGCUGCUUUUGUUUUAGAUCAAACUACUGGAUCUGUAAUUUCUAACUCUAUUGUCGCUGGUGAUGUCCCAGUUAACAAUUCUAUGGUCUGUAAUAACUCUUAA